AUGACAAAAACUAGUUUUUGUUUAAAUAUUUUAUUAGUAUUUUCAAUCUUUAAUACAUUGUAUUUGAUAAUGGUUGCAAUGUUACAGUUUCUAACGAUUGAUCAAACCAUCAUUGUCCGUCAAUAUAUUGGAGAAAAUCUAAAACAAAAUAAUCAAGAGUUUAGAGCAUUGCUUCCAACCUCUGAUUGUUUAGAUUAUCAAGAAUUGAUGGAUGAAUAUAGAAAUAGAACAGAAUUGGAUAAACUUUAUUCACAAGAAUUAAUUUUUUCAUCACUAGAGUUAAAAAUUACUUCAAAGGAAAAGGUUAAACCAAAUCGAGAUCAAAAGAAAAGACUAGAAUGUGAUCAAAAUGCAAACAGAUCAAAAUUUAAACAUUUCACACAACUAUCUUUACCAAUUACAAUAUUUACACCAUUUGAUGUCAUUGCACAUGUUGUUUAUAUUUUUAUGAUUCGCUAUCCAGAAGAAACAAAAUUUACCAUUAUUCAAUUGUCAAUGCAAUCUAUUCAAUUCUUUUUUCAUUUUUUUUCUCUUUAUUAUUAUACAACAAAUAUUAUACCAUCCAUUCGAAAUGAUUUUCAAAAUUAUCCAAUUUGUUUUGAAAAAGAGAAUAAUCAAUAUCAUACUUUUUGUAAAGGAGAAAUAAAAGGAAAUUUAAUAAACUUUCAAAAUUUUGAAUUAGUAAAAUGGGAUUUUUCAAAAAUGAUUAUUUAUCAAUUGAUUUUAUCAAGUUAUUUAUUCAUAUCAAUCAUUAAAUCUAUAAUAUCAUUAAUAUUAAAAAAUUAA